CUUUGCAGUCGUGACGUCGACGCGCUCGCGGGGUGACGUCACGACGCAGAGGUCCAUUUGGAAGGGCGGCUUCCCACGCAGCUGGGCCGACGUGGAGCGCAGCCGCCGCCGUUGUCGCGUUGUCGUCUUAAAUUUUGUUUUGUUUUUAAAACAAGAAUUUAGAGAGAGAGAGAAAAAAUAUUUAAACAUUUACACGGCGGGGCUGCAGUUCAGUCUUUGCCGACUGUGUACAAUAAGUAAAUUAGGUUUGAAGGUACCGUAAACAUUGUCUCAAUUUGACAAAUCGCGAAGUGCUUCGGGACCAAGCCACCCGCCCCCUCGUCUUCAUUCAAAGCGAUCGCAUGCAAGCCUCUCCUGCGGUGUUCACGGGCACCGGUCGAUUCAGGCGACACGAGCAGCAGCCGCCGUCAUCCCCCCCUGAUCUGGGGGGCCGGGGAGAGGGGAGAGAUCCUCUCGACGACAACUUACAGCUGGACGAACAGGCGACUGGUGGAAGACCGCUGCCGCGGUGCAACCUGUGCGAGAUGUCGCGACGCAGUUCUCGCCUCGCCACCAAUGGCUACUACCAGGAGGAGCACAGCUACCACGAGGGAGACGGCGGCGGCAGCGGCGGCAGCGUAGGCGGCGGCAGCGGCACCGCGUCGCCCGGGAGCGUCCGAUACCGGGAAAAUGUGGCCAGGUCCCUCGAGGAUGAGAGAGUGUUCCGAGCGCGCAAAAUUUCGCACCGGGGUUCCGGCGCGACCCCGCAUGGUGCCCGGGGUCGGGCCCACGUCGACUCGCCGCUCGUGACCACGGAGAGAGGCAACAGCAGCCGCGUGGAGCGGGGCGACGGCCUGUCGCUCACCUCGACGCUCAUCGAGGAGUCUUGCCUCCCCGAGCGGGAGUGCAGCGGAUACCUAUGGGGGCUUGACAAAGAGGAAGAUCAAUCCACCAUCACAUUAAUGAUGAGCGAGCGGACAACCCACGUCUCCAACGAGAGCCAGAGAAGUUUCCACCACAAUACAAGCACCCCUGCGGCUGCGGCUGCGGCGGCGGCGGCGGCGACAGACGGCCAUGCCACACGGUUGUGGAACAAGCACAGCGGGGACCAGCGCCGCGCGUCGCCCGCCCAGCAUCCGCCGGAACCAGCGCGCUUAUCCAGUUGGUGGCGCGCGAUGGGAUGGGUUGCGCGGCCAGUGAACGUCUGUUGGACGCUGGUGGUGCAGUUCUCGUUCUAUUGCGUGGGGGCGGCGAUCACGCCCGCACCUGGCUUUGGUGCCGUCCACGGAACGGCAGAUUCCAAGACAACCCGAAAAGCCAGCACCUCUGCCAACUUUUUCCGUCGCUUGGUGCUCAAAUGCAUGUGGGUGUUUGGGGUUGGCUGGUACAACCUCAUUGGUCUUCUCUCCCUCUUCAAUGUCUUCCUUCUCACCCGGCGCAUUCCCAGAGCGAUAAAAAUGAUCCUACUUUUGAUGCUGCUUUUGUUGGCCGUUGUAGGGGUUGGUUACGCGUUGGUGGUGUUCGGAUACGUACAUCUGUCGAGAAGUCAUGAACAUGCACAAGCUGUGCCGUCGGAUGUCAAGAUCAGUUCUGGCACACCGACAGUGGUGAACUUGCAAAGCAAGCACCAUCUGCAGCAGCUGGAGCGGCAGGUGUCGUCGCUACGGGCCAUCGUCGAGGAGCAGGAGCGGCAACUGGCGCAUCUGCGGACCGCGGCCGAGCGGCACGAGUGGCAGGGGCACGCGCUGGAGGAGCUGCGCAGCACGUCAGAGCAGCAGCAGCACACAAUCGGUGACCUGAAGAAGCUGGCAGAAGGACACGAGCACAAUCGGUUGGCUUUGUCAGUCGAGGUCCUGGAGGAAAACGUUUCCAAGUUGAAGCACGAAAUCCUGCACGGGCAUCAGCAAAAGGUGGAGGCUGCCGUGGUGGCCACCCUGAGGGCCCUCGCGUCUCGCGGGGACGACGGCUCUGAGCUGGCGUCGUUCACGGCGUGGUUGACGGCGCGCGUGCUCUCGUCGGACCACAUGCGGACGCUGCUGCGGGAGACUGAGCAGACCGUGGUGGCCAACGUGAGCAAGCGGUGGACAUGGCCCCCCGAGGGCGACGGGGCCCUGGAGUCGACGGGCGGUGGCGUCUCCAGACAGGAAGUGUACGCGAUCGUGCAGAGCGCCCUGAGGCUGUACGAGGAGGAUAAAAUCGGGAAGUUUGACUUCGCCUUGGAGUCUGCAGGUGGCACGGUGAUCAGCGUGCGGUGCUCGGAGGCGUACAGCCAGCAAAUCGCUCUCAUCACCCUGUUUGGGGUGCCACUGUGGUACACGUCGCAGUCUCCACGAGUGAUCAUUCAGCCAGAUGUCUACCCUGGAGACUGCUGGGCAUUUAAGGGUUCCCGGGGUUACGUCGCUAUUAAGCUUUCGGACACAAUCUACCCGUCGGACUUUACGUUGGAGCACAUCCCUCGCGCCCUCUCACCCACGGGCGACAUCACCAGCGCGCCCAAGGACUUUGCGGUCUAUGGUCUGGAUGAAGAGAUUCAGCAGGAGGGAUACCUCCUGGGGCAGUACAUGUAUGACAAGCACGGUGACCCCCUGCAGAUGUUCCACAUGAGCAACUCGACGGUGGCACAUCCAUUUGGGAUUGUGGAGCUCCGCAUCCUGAGCAACUGGGGCAAUUCGGAGUACACCUGCAUCUACCGCUUCCGAGUGCAUGGCGAGCUGGCCACCUCCAGAGGAUGACGUGCUGAAGCAGGCCGGGCCACAUGAGCCCGGAGCUGCUCCUGCAGGAGACCGUGAAACACAAGCACCAAUCACCACUGCCCCUGCGACGCCCUCAUGCAGCAUCUGCAGCUUCCACGAGACAGCACCCGCUCACUUGUCACUCGCACACACACCUUGAUGUCUGCACAGACUUACAACUACAUGUACACCUAUGCACCUGCACACAUGGCCUGCUCGCUCAUAUAUAUACACGUGUCUGCACAGCCAUACCCCCCUGCAUGCACACCUGGCCUGCACAUCCAUUAAUCAUUACUCUCUGGAUACAUGAAUACUUAUAGAUUAGGUCAAUUCAUGUCACAAUUGGAAUAGAUUCUUAAAUUGAUUUGCGACUGAAUCGUGACAGUUCAUCAAAUUACAAUUGGGGUGAAUUGUUCCAUGCCCAAAUACCUGCACACACACCUAUAUACCUGCAUUUAGGUUCCACUCAAUAUGCAGCGUAUGUAAAUGUGAAGUUUAAUUUUUUUUAAACCCUAUUUUCACUUCAUGCCUAAACUAUAUACAUUGACUGUAGUGCAUUUUUAAACUCUUGUUGCAUAACCAGUAAAUAUUGAGGGAUUGUCUUGAAGCUCGCAGUGGCUUCUUCAGUUUAACAGGCAAAUUAAUAAAACUCGGAGGCUUGAGUGUGAAAAAAACAAAGCUGUAUGUUGAGUGGCACCAUAACCUACACACAUCUAUACAUCGUCUGCCCAGUCGUACACCUGCAUUCAUGAGCAUGCAUCGCAGUGGAAGGUGGUGCGGGCUGUGUGCUUGUUGUCGCUGUCUAAAAUCAGGACUUUUUUCAGCCGCUUAGACUGGAUAUCUGCAAUGUAAAAUAAAAACAAUUUGCAAUAAAAACGCAUUUUAGUACUCUCUUAGCUUAAACAUGUUUCCUCUAUCACUUGGUCAAAGGAUGUACCAUCACUGAAAGUAAACAAUUGUCACAUUUUUGUUUUCAAAGGUGCAACUUUUGGAAAAGGUAUCUUUAAAAAGAUAUUAGAUUUUUUAUAGAUGUUAUCCUGAAAUGAUGUUAUUUUUGGCAUAAAUUAUAAAGAAACACGUCCUUGCCUUGGAACAUUUUACCAAUUUUUUUUUCAUUGAAGAAAAUACUUUGGCUAGUGUAACAUUGAGCGGUUUUACAAAGAUGUCCACAUCUUAAUUUCAUGAUUAAGCCAAUACAGUAUUAACGAUAAAAAGUACCAUGAAGCCAUUAUAUUGGCUGUAAAACAAUCACACAAGGCAGAUGUAAUUCAGGUAUUUAAUCUGUGCAGGCAACAAGAACACUCAACCUGUACCAGAACUAUUGUGUACCAGCUGCCAAGCAUGGGCUGUUUAAAUAGCAUAUCCUUUUGCAAAUUCUCAAACUGAAUUGUAAGUUUAUACCUGUGUUAAAAUAAUGUUGGCAUGGCAAGACAAGAAAAAGGUAUUCUUUUGACUUGAGACGCUGUGUAUGAGUGGCUAUUGCUCGGCUGACAAUACCCAGUCUUGCAGCGGGAGCAGACCUGUCAGUUGUUGCUUCUUCAGUACUAUUAUGUACUGUGGGAGAUGUGUACUGUAGUAUUAGCCGGUCUAAGAAAUAAUGUAAAAUCUGCAUCAGUGAGGCUGAGCACUUGAAUGUGUGGAAUCUGCAGAUUGCGUGCCUCUUGAGUUGUGUGAAUUACCUGUCCUGUCACUGGAGCACUGUUGAUUAGCACAAUGUAGGAUGUUUGUAUCAGGGUUUAUAUUUUGUAUUGCCUCAGGACUAGAUCUCCCACAUAUAUUUCGUCAUGAGAUAUAUAUUAAGUGGAAGUCUGUAUUGUUGUCGAUGCUCCAUGUCAUUUGUUGUAUUGAAACAAGUUUAAAAACUCUGAAGUAACCUCAUGCUUGCAACCCUCUUGUUUUUAGCCAUAUUUUUGGUCCGUGUGUGAUGCCUAUUUAUCUUGUUUUUACACUUAUCAGAGCUUAUAAAGUUUUUGUUAAAAUAUCCAAAGCACUGCCUAAAACGUGGCUUAAAAAAAUGUUUUUCUUUUGUUUAUACUUCAUGUUUAUAGAACGUGAAGUUUAUACGGCCCAAUGAUUUACACAUCCAUAACCCACUGAGGAAGAGUCUAGGUGACUUCUACAGGUUUUUGCACUUUUAAUUAUUUAUUUCCAAUAAAAUUUGUGAUUAUUUUUUUAAUCAAGGGCUCAAAUCUAUUUCGCAGCUGUUGAACCCUUCCAGUAUUCUUUAGUUGCAGGCACGCCAAGUUAAAGAUUAUCCAGAUAUGCCAUGAAGUCAUUUUAAACAGUAUUGUAAAGAGGUCUUCAUUUCAGAAAGAUUCGUGUAUUUUUACCAUAUUUUGCAUCUUUCAAAUAAACUGCUGAAUUUCA